AUGAGCUCUGCUGCAGAUACCAGGGAAGCUCCGUCACAGCGGAAGAUAGCCGAACAUGGUGUCGAAAAUGGGACCAAUGGGAGUAUGAGGGUAGACGAAAAAUCUGUGGUCCUUUCUGUCGAGGAGAAGUACAGUCAAAUAGAUACGCCUGUGGCACAGUCUAGCGGCGAGCGUGACGAACGCCACCUUACCAACGGAGGACAUAAAAUGGCGGGCUUGGAGCACGAGCAUGGACUCGGUAUCCUAGUCGAGCAUUCGCCGAACAACGGAAAUAACCUUGGCCAGUUGUCAGUGGUGGACGUGUACGAUGGGCACAAGGUCAAGGCUGCUUUGGCUGAACUGUCUAGUGAUCUGUAUCCCCGACCACCAGAUGAUAAAGCCAAGGUCAUGAAAUUGUCUCCUGAGAUGAUACAGGCACUUACAUCCUCGUCGGAGUCAAUACCUUACGGUCCCGGGGGAUCAGAAACGAACACCAGAAGGCGAGUAGCCUCGGAAAACGUCCAUGGGGAUUCUCCUCUCGCACGACCGGAAAUACCUGAGUCUGUGCUUCAGUCGCUGAGCGAAACGCCUUUGACCUCGGGUGUUUUGCCAAAGUUGCGUUCCACCAAAGAAGUGUUGCUGGGAGAUGCUUCUGCGCCGGCGAGCCCUGCCUUCCCACGGCAUGCUCAAAAUUCCUCCCUCCGCAAUCGGCCGCACCCAGCACGAACAGUUUCCACUCCUGGCUCCACGCGACGUCAAUUGCUCUCGACCCCAGUUAGUGACCGCCUUACCCAGACAUGGGCAUCGCGCUCGAAACAGGACCGGCCCGCGCUGGAUCGCGAGUUGAGGGGCCACCUUAUGGCAUCUCCUCAGAUUUUAGAAUCCCCCAUGCCCUCACAGUUACCGUCAUCUAUUCCUUUGCCGCCAGUUUCUCUGCCAACGUAUCUGCAGCUUGAGCUUGCUUCUGGUCGGCCUUCACCAUUGUACAUCCACCGUGACGGAGCCAAUGACUUCCCUUAUGAAUCAUCAGCAGUUAAGAUCGAGAGGCUCAUGAACUUCAUUAUGCUUGCACCUAUGCUCGAGCAGGUACUUUGCUUUGGGAGCUUUGCUUGCCUUGAUGCAUGGCUCUACUCUUUCACGAUAUUGCCACUACGGUUUAUCAAAGCUAUUUUUAUCUUGGGCGAGUCAUGGGUGAUGAAUUUGGGAGCUGAGAUCCGUUUCAUUUGGAAAUUUGUCCUGAACGGGAUAGGUCGAGUAUGGCGCAGGAGGAAUCACAACGCAAAGGAGGACCAGCGUGGAAGACGCGAAAGCGAAUCUGACGCCACUCCUCAGGGUUCUUCUAUGGGUCCAGAUAUAGCACCAAGAUGGAAACAUCGAUCCUCCGAAUCCCGAAAAUACCACCAUCGGCGGAAGAAGUCGACGCCAUCGGCGCUACUUCCAGACGACAAAGCGGACAUCUUGACAGGCCUGCUGAUGAUAGCCACCUGUUGUGUUUUGAUGUACUUUGAUGCAAGUCGAAUGUAUCACUGGAUUCGUGGACAGGCUGCCAUCAAGCUGUACGUUAUCUACAAUGUGCUGGAGGUCAGCGACAGGCUGUUGGCUGCCAUCGGUCAAGAUGUCCUCGAGUGUCUCUUCUCGCGGGAGGCUCUUGAGCGUCUUCCAGAUGGCCGCAGCAAGAUCAUUCGUCCAUUCUGGUUGUUCCUGGUGGCACUUGUUUACACAGUAUCCCAUGCUUUGUCUCUGUUUUACCAGGUCAUGACUCUGAACGUGGCAGUGAACUCAUACUCUAACGCACUGAUCACGCUACUUCUAUCCAAUCAAUUUGUGGAGAUCAAAUCUACCGUUUUCCGCAAGUUUGAGAAAGAGAACCUCUUCCAGCUUACCUGUGCGGAUGUCGUGGAACGAUUCCAGCUAUGGCUGAUGCUCACUAUCAUCGCAUCGCGUAAUAUCGUGGAGACGGGCGCGUUCAAUUUCAUCGGCAACUUCGGGCUAGGAUCUAGCUUCCCAAGCCAAUCCUCCACAAUCACAAACAGCACACCAUUGUCCACACCUCCACGCACGGCAUCAUCUAUCCUACCUCAAGCAUUCACCCUCUUCCCAUCCUCUAUCCUCUCAUCCUUCAACAGCGUCAACUCCUUCAUCCCAACUCUUGCCCAAGUCCUAGGCCCUUUCCUAGUCGUCCUAGGCUCGGAGAUGCUAGUAGAUUGGCUGAAGCACGCCUACAUCAACAAAUUUAACAACAACCGCCCAGCCAUCUAUAGCCGCUUCCUCGACGUGCUAGCAAAGGACUACUACACCAACGCCUUUGGCGAACAAAACCUAACCCGUCGCAUCGGCCUCCCAGUCAUCCCACUCUCCUGCCUCUUCUUCCGUAUCUCGGUGCAAACAUACCAAAUGUUCCUAGCUGCCCUGAUACCCCAAAACCCAUCCUCGACAGCAAUGGGAGCAACCUCCCUAACCUCAAUCCACAACAACUACGCCCCUUCCCCGAUGCCCUCCGCCUCACCGUUAACAAUCGCAACCCUUCUCCCCGCCUCCGCCGCCCACGUCAGCGCGCUUUUCCGCACCCUCCUCGAAAACGCUAUUCCGUCACCAGCUCAGUCUGUCCACAUUUUCACGGGCAUCCUCCUCCUGACGGGAUUUAUCGUCCUGCUCAUCCUGAAACUCCUAUUGGGAAUGGCUCUGCUUGCGUUUGCGCGCUCCCGAUACAAGAAAAUGAAGGGUCGGGAGAGCGAGCGUAAACAGUCCUCAACUAAUCAGUCUGGUACCGAGAGUGGAGCGCCACGUACUCGUGAUUUCUAUGUUGAGGGGAGUCAACGUGUUGGUGGGUGGGGUGUUGUUGAGGUUGGGGACGAGAAGAGGAGGUUGAUCUAUGCGGAUGAUCCGGAUGGAUUGCGGCGGUUGAAGGAGAAAGAGGAGAAGGAUAAGAGUAAGGAUGGGGAGUUCAAUGUUGAUCAUGUACAGCGGUAUGAGAUGAUUGCCAAGAAGAUUUGGUGA